AUGCAUCCCGCUCUUGCAAUGAAGGAUAUCCUCAACGAGAUCUUUCAAAACUUUCAUGGUAAGGAAUGGUUGACUUGCGUGGAGGUGGGGUCGAAUCCAGACCUCCAUGCAAUGAGAUUGAUAACGGACACAAAUUCUCUGCGUAACGCUGCACUGACUUGUCGAUGCUUUUGCGGCCCCGCUCUGGACCGUUUGUGGUACACUUUUGGAUCAAAAUUAGCGGAGGUACUCAAGCUCCUUCCCGCAUUCAAGCAACGUCUGUGUAACACCGUCUACGUUAGUGUCCACCCCUUUCGUACUCUCGACGGAACUAUCGGGGCUGCUGACUGGGCCCGCUUCGAGUUUUACGCCAUGAAAGUGAAAAGUCUCACAGUUCAGGCAGAUCUAGACCUUGACGACAUCGAUCCGUCGGUCUUCUCUCACAUCGCCUAUCUCAGGGAGGGCAGGCCAUUAUUCCCUGCGCUGCGUAAUUUAGAUAUAGAAGUAAGCUGCAGCGGAACAAUGUUGCCUCUUUUCCUCUCAAGUUCCAGGCUCCUCAGCAUUGCGUUAAAGCAUGCGUCAAUCAAAGGAUCCGCUCAGUGUCCAGGUGCUUGGUCGUUUCUCCACGCUCUGCCAACCACCAUUCCGGAUAUCCAUACCUUGUCUCUCGACUUGAUGCUGUCCGACUCUGCGUUGAACGCUAUUCCACGGAUGACAAAUUUACAACACUUACACCUGCUUUGUUCAAAUCCUAAAACCAAGAUCACUCACUCAUUCUUUUGCUCCUUGGCUUCCCUCCCAAAACUGGUUGAACUAGGCAUGCCUCAUGUCGAUAUGUCUUCCCCUCCGCCCACCGUCGACUUUCCAUCAACACCUUUCCCAUGCUUAAAUUCAUUGUCCCUAAAUGGCGAUGCAUUCGGGGAAGUAAGUUCUUUGCUUGAGGUGCUUAAGGAGCAUGGGAUAAAAUCCCUCAAAGUUGAGAGCCAGCGUAACCAGAACAUUCAUCAAGACACUUGGCUUCGUUUCUUCCGGACAAUCUCUACAAAAUUUUCGAAGUCUCUUUCUAAACUCGACAUUGAAAUAUACCAAGCUGAAAACCCUCCGGCUAAUGUAAGGCUGUUUGAACCACUGCUGGAAUUACACGAGCUUGAAGAAUUCAAAAUUAUGAACUAUGCUCCUUGGUUUGCAUUACAAGAUGCAGAUCUCCUGCUCAUGGCGAAGGCAUGGCCCAAAAUAUGCGUCUUGCGUCUACAGUCCAAAGCUCAGCCCAAGCUCACAUUUCAUGGCUUGCAUUCCCUUGCAUCUUUUUGUCCGCAUCUCUGUGAACCUUGGCUCGAGAUCGACGCUUCAAGUAAAGCGAACCUCAAACCAGUCUCUCUAGAUGUACCAUCUGAUCACCCGCUUUGGUAUUGGAACGUUGGAAAUUCUCUUAUUGAUAAUCCCGCACCGGUGGCUUUGCAGCUUGAAAAAAUGUUUUCCAACCUAUGCAUAUUCAUGGAUGAGAGUUAUAUCGCUAAGCGACAUCUGUGGGAAGAGGUGGCAAGAUGGCUUCCCGCCCUCCGGAAUGCUCGGCGAAGGGGUUCGCAAAUGACAUGA